UCCAGUGAAAUUCCGUCAAAAUCUGAAACCAUAAUGCAGGAUACACAUUUGCCUGUGAAGAACCUUGUCUUUAAAGAUAUUGUUGUUGAAAUUAAGAAGAAAGCAAUUUUACAGAAUGUCUGGGGCAGAAUAACAUCUGGUGAGCUAAUGGCUGUGGUGGGACCAAGUGGAUCUGGCAAAACUACUCUUCUGAAUGUGAUCUCUGGUCGACAACACAUCAAACAAGGAUCCAUAACAGUAAAUGGCCAGAAACUGAACAAAGCAUUGAGCCGUCGGAUGAGUUAUGUACUACAACAGGAUAUAUUACCGUCCAAAUUAACUCUCAGAGAAGUACUUCAUUUCACAGCCAUGAUCAAACUCCCUGAGAAAAUGACUGACUUUCAGAAGAAAAAGAGAGUAGACCAGAUUGUUUCACAGAUGGAGUUAGAAAAAUGUUUGGACACAGUUAUUGGGUCAUCAUGGAUGAGAGGAUUGUCUGGAGGUGAGAAGAAAAGAGCCAACAUAUCCUGUGAACUUCUCACAAACCCUGAUAUUAUUAUCGUUGAUGAACCAACAUCUGGCCUUGAUUCAUCUUUGGCGUAUAAACUGAUGUUGAAUCUACAGAGUCUAGCAAGGAACCACAACAAAAUAGUACUGGCUACCAUCCACCAACCUUCCAGUCAAAUAUUUCACAUGUUCAGUAAAUUAUUGGUACUUUCUAAUGGCAAGAUUGUAUACCAUGGAGAUGCAAAGAACACUCUAGAUGUUUUUUCAGAACAUGGUCUAUACUGUGCUGAACACUACAACCCUGCUGACUUCAUCUUGGAUUCUGUCCAGGGCCAUAGUCAGAAGGUGAUGAAAUUAAUAGAAUAUGCACAGGAAGCCAACCAGACCUCAUUAUACUCAGAUAGCAUUGCCACAGAGAAUGACGAAGGUCCCAGCCCUAAUGGAGAAGUAACGCUUUUAAUUUCAACACAGGAAGAAGACACAGAAAAAUGGCCAACGUCAUUUUGGACACAGUUCCGCUGGCUAGCAUGGAGAAAUUUCAAACAAUCAAAAACCAGAAUUGUUUCAAAAUUUGAAAUAUUUCGGACAAUUUCUUUAGGGAUAGCUAUUGGUCUAUUAUAUUUUCAAACUGAAAGGACAGAAGACAGAAUCAGAGAUGUUAAAGGAUUGCUGUUUUUCCUGGUGGUGCAGUGGUCAUUCCAGCCUCUGGUAGAAGCUAUACUCGCCGUUCCUGAAGAUAAAGAUCUACUGUUGAAGGAGCGUGCUGCUGGUUACUACCGCCUCUCAGCCUACUACAUGGCUAAGAUGUUUGUUGAAGCACCUUUGGCAAUUGUUCUCCCAAUGGUCAGCUUUUUAUUGGUGUGCCUGUUGGCAGGGCUGGACAAUCCAGGUGUUCUCUCCUUGUCUGUAAUUAUUAUUGUCCUUCAUGCAAUAUUAUCUCAGGGCUUGGGUCUUCUAUUUGGCGUUGUAUUUCUGGAUAUACAGUGGGGUCUAACCUUUUCUACAGUUUUCAUAUUAGUUAGUAUGUUGUUUGUUGGAUUUUAUGCAGAAAAGAUCCCACCAUGGUUACAAUGGCUAAAGAACCUGUCUUUUAUUGCGUAUUCUUACAACAUUUUGGUGAUGCUAGAAUUUGGAAAUGACAUACCUAUCAAGUGCCUGAAUCUAACUACAGCAAGCAGCUUUGGUCCUUGUAAAAAUGCUGUAGACACAGUUCCAAGCUACACUGUCGUGGAAACAGCCAACAUUGAUAUCCCACUUUAUGGCAAUAUCAUUCUUCUAAUCUCACUUCUUGUAAUAAUCCGGUUCAUUGGAUAUUUGAUUCUACGAUUCAAACACAGACCAGUAACAGCAAAAUGAACAUUUGUACCAUAUAUAUAUAAUCUAAGACCAUGGUAUGUAGCAGUAGGUUCCUGUGUGUGUAUAUAUAUAUUUAUAUAUAUACAUAUAUAUGUAGGUUCCUGUAUGUAUAUAUAUAUAUGCAUUAAAACCAAGGUACAUAUAAUAGUAGGAUCCAUUCAAUGUGGUAUGUAUGUAUAUUUGGCAAAACAUCCACAUAAGAACAGAAUUUGGAUCUCUGCAUUAUUCCCAAUUGUAUUUCAGGUAAAACAUCUUGCCUGAAUGGAACCAUUAUUCCCUGCUAGGAAUAUAUAUGUAUCACAUUUAAAUGUAUAAUAAAUAAAUUCAGUUGGCUGAUCUUUCAUGAUCAGAGAUAUCCAUCAACGGGUGAUCAGAUAUGUUGUCUUCAUAGAAGAAAAAUAAAAUUUUUUAAAUCUUAAUGUAACAC